GGCAGGAAGCGGAAGCGGAAGCGGCCGCCGCGGCGCUAGCACUGACGUGUCUCUCGGCGAGGCGCGGCGCCCCGGAGCAGGCCGGCCGGCAGCGGAGCCGCCCUCGGAGCGCAGCGGAGCCGGAGCCGAGCAGCCGCCGCCAUGGCGAUCAAGUUCCUGGAAGUCAUCAAGCCCUUCUGUGUCAUCCUGCCCGAAAUCCAGAAGCCGGAGCGGAAGAUCCAGUUUAAGGAGAAAGUGCUAUGGACCGCCAUCACCCUCUUCAUCUUCCUGGUGUGCUGCCAGAUCCCCCUGUUUGGAAUCAUGUCUUCAGACUCGGCCGACCCUUUCUACUGGAUGAGAGUGAUCCUCGCCUCUAACAGAGGCACACUGAUGGAGCUGGGUAUCUCUCCCAUUGUCACCUCCGGCCUCAUCAUGCAGCUCUUGGCUGGCGCCAAAAUCAUUGAAGUUGGUGAUACCCCAAAAGACCGAGCCCUCUUCAAUGGAGCCCAAAAGUUGUUCGGUAUGAUCAUCACCAUCGGGCAGUCCAUCGUGUACGUGAUGACGGGCAUGUACGGGGACCCUUCCGAAAUGGGCGCCGGGAUCUGCCUGCUGAUCACCAUACAGCUCUUUGUUGCUGGCCUGAUUGUCCUGCUUCUGGAUGAACUGCUGCAGAAGGGGUAUGGCCUGGGCUCAGGGAUCUCCCUGUUCAUCGCCACAAACAUCUGCGAGACCAUCGUGUGGAAGGCGUUCAGCCCCACCACUGUCAACACCGGCCGAGGAAUGGAGUUUGAAGGCGCCAUCAUCGCGCUGUUCCACCUGCUGGCCACGCGCACCGACAAGGUCCGAGCCCUUCGCGAGGCAUUCUACCGCCAGAAUCUCCCCAACCUCAUGAAUCUGAUCGCCACUAUCUUUGUCUUUGCGGUGGUCAUCUACUUCCAGGGCUUCCGCGUGGACCUGCCCAUCAAGUCAGCCCGGUACCGAGGCCAGUACAACACCUACCCCAUCAAGCUCUUCUACACCUCCAACAUCCCCAUCAUCCUGCAGUCCGCCCUCGUGUCCAACCUCUACGUCAUCUCCCAGAUGCUGUCCGCCCGCUUCAGUGGCAACCUGCUGGUCAGCCUGCUGGGCACCUGGUCUGACACUUCUUCCGGCGGUCCAGCACGUGCCUAUCCCGUGGGUGGCCUUUGCUAUUACCUGUCCCCUCCGGAGUCUUUCGGCUCCGUCUUGGAAGACCCCGUCCAUGCCGUCGUGUACAUAGUGUUCAUGCUGGGCUCCUGCGCCUUCUUCUCCAAGACGUGGAUUGAGGUCUCGGGCUCGUCUGCCAAGGAUGUGGCAAAGCAGCUGAAGGAGCAGCAGAUGGUGAUGAGGGGCCACCGAGAGACGUCCAUGGUCCACGAACUCAACCGGUAUAUCCCCACGGCCGCGGCCUUCGGCGGGCUGUGCAUCGGGGCCCUCUCCGUGCUGGCGGACUUCCUGGGCGCCAUCGGGUCUGGCACUGGGAUCCUGCUCGCAGUCACCAUCAUCUACCAGUACUUUGAAAUCUUCGUAAAGGAGCAGAGUGAGGUCGGCAGCAUGGGGGCUCUUCUGUUCUGAGUGUGGCCCUGGACCAGGCGGCGUGCUCCUCGAUGGCCAGCAGGGGAACGAGGAGGCCGCGCUGUGUGCGCUCCCGCACGAGGACUUCGGUUUCGUAACACGUUUGAAUUUCAUGUUCUUCCAUUCCACUUUCUAAAGUGCUAGAAAUUUUCCAAUUUGAAGUUUUGCUUUUCACUCUGGCAUUGGCAGCAGAACUGUAGAAGCCGUGUCUUACUCAGCCGACUGCCAGGAUUGACUGUCCCCGUGUCCUUGUCGCUUGUGUGUCGGCGCCUGCAGUGGUCUCGGCUGCUCCCCCACGAAGGGCACGUCCUGUUGGUUAAAAGCACAAACAUUGUUGAAAUGUCUCCGUCUCGGGUGGCAGGAGGGCGGGCUCCUGGGAGCGGGCUGUGUUUUCUGGUGCGUGUGGGCCGCUCGCUGGUGUGUCCCCUUCACAAUCAAGCAGGAACAUCAGGUCUGAGAGAGUUUCUCUGGAAGACACAAUUGUUUUCCCUUUUAAAAGUCGUUUUUUAGGUCAGAGCUUCUUCCUAAAGAGAGGGACAAAUUUCCAGAAGACACUCUUGGCCCAUCUGUGCGUUUUUCUGCCUGUGUCUGUUGGCUGAGCUGGCUCUGCCAUCUCUGUCCUCAGUGAUGGAGCUGGGCCGCGAUGCCGCCGCUUUGCCGAAUCUCGCUAGCGGACAUGGUGCGUAGGACCCCGAGGUGCUGCCUGUCCAGUUCCUCCCGCUGUCGCUGAACUUGCAGCCCUUCCCUCUCCACUCGCCCUGGAGAGGGGAGGUGCUGUGGCCGGCCUCAGACGCUACCUUCUAGGCUGAAGACUUCCUACUUGUAUUUUUUUAGAACAUUUUUUUACUGUGCUUAGGACCAAAUGCAAGUGAAGUAAAUGACAAGAUGCCUCUGAUCUCUGCUUUCGCCAGAACUGCCCAGCAGAGAAGAGGGCUCAGGCCCUAGAUCCAUGGUGAAAUCAGGGUCAGAGAGAUUGGUUUUUUUGCUAAGUUUCACUCAUGUUUGAUAUAAAAAGACUCACAAUUAUGUCUGAGAUAAAUUGUAUUUGCAGUAACAGGUGACCCAGAUCUUAGGAAUCAGAACCCUCUCCAAGGCCUUUAGGGAGGUCCCUCUCGGGAGCCAGCAGCCCUUGGCUUGCAAGGACAGCAGAGUUGGGCCCCGCAUUUCUCCCUGGAGGGAGCCCCAGAGGGGAGUGCAGCCCCUCGCAGAGAGCAGACCCCACCAGCAGCGGCACAGUGGCCUUCGAAGCACAGAGCCAGCAGAGGUGGCCACCUUGGCACCUGAGCCCAGAGGGGCUUGAGACCUCACUCGCCAUGCCGCCCAGGAAAUACCAACCAAGGGGCGAGGAGAGACUUGCCCAGCACCUCCCGCAGCCCGUCGACCCCAGGCCAGGGCGCCCACCACACCACACGUGGCCUUGUCCGACCCAGUCCCGAGUGGAGACCGGACGCCCCUGCAGCCCUGCUGCCGCCUCGGACCACUGUGUGGCUCACAGAGUCACUGGUCACAGGGGGUGGGGCUGACCCCAGCUUCCAGGGGACUGUCACUGUGGACGCCAAAAUGGCAUAACUGAGAUAAGGUGAAUAAGAGACAAAUAAAGCCAACUUUUUACAAGC